AUGGCACCUAAAAACGCGCGAUACUUCAAGCACGAAGGCAAAGACAUUCCGAUCCUCGAUCUUGAAACCAUUGACUUUGAAAAGUUAGUCUGCAACGACAUCGAUGAAGUUCAGAGACUACUCAAGUCCUGCCAAAAUGAAGGAUUCUUCUACUUGGAUCUUCGCAGUAUCAACGGUCGCCGUCAGAUUGACGAUAAAGAUCGACUGCUUGGUUUCAUGCGCCGCUUCUUUCACUCCAAAUUUGCUGAUAAAAACGAGAUUGGGCUCCCAGAGCAGAAGCACGGUUAUGAGCCGAUUGGCUUGCAUGCCGGGCUCGAUAAUGAUAGCAGAGAUGGCUAUGAAUGCUUGAAGGUCUCUCUUUCUGAAUUGUCGAAGGAUACCGACCUUAACCUUCCACGAAUCAUCAACAACAACGAUGUCAAGAUUCUUCGAGACUUUGCUGCUGGUGGGGAUUUGAUCACCAAGACAAUGCUAUCUUGUCUCUCCAACGUGCUUGGUCUGACCGGCGAAAACCGCUUCGAGUCUUUCCAUCGAAACUGGAGGCCCUCCAAUAGUACCCUCGCAAUGUUUCGUUACAUUCCUAGCGAAGAGACUGAGACCCAUGCCCCUGGCCAAAAGUCCACCGGUCACCAGCAGCACACUGAUAUUGGUUCUUUCACCCUCUUGUUCAGCGACCAGUAUGGGCUUCAGGUCCAGCCCGCCAACGAAGCAAACGCAGAGUUUGGCUUCGUGGAGCCGCGUGAUGGGCAUGCGAUCAUAAACGUUGGAGAUUCUCUACGAUUCGCCUCAGGCCACCAACUUUACUCUUGCAUCCAUCGAGUAGUUCCUUUGAACGAGGAACGGUAUUCGAUUGCUUAUUUCUUGCGUCCGGAGGUUGAUAAAACAUUCCGAGACAGCGAGGGCCGCACUCUGACCGCUGGCCAGUGGCAUGACGAAAAGUAUGAAGUUUUCGCAUCUACACAUGAGGAUCAGGCCACCAAGGUCCCAAAGACAAUGCUUUUGGGCGGAAUGCCCGAGCGUAUCGCUCAAGGUGUAUUGGUUGGGUGA